AUGGAGACGGACGAGCGAAGCUGGGACGCGGACGUCGAGGCGAGGGAGCCGGGCGGCGUCGUCGAGCGAAUCAACGCGAAGCUGCCGGCGACGUCGGGAGUGCGAGUGUUCGCCGCGUAUUCCGCGCCGAAAUCGUUCCAAGCGCGCCGCGCGUGCGCGCGUCGGACGUACCACUACCUCCUCCCCGCGCGGGUGUUAGGGUUAGGGGUAUCAGGAGAGAGAGAGGUGUCUUGGCCGGGCGCGCCGGGAGGGGAGACGCGAUCUUCGGAGGACGUGCUCGACGCGUUUCGAGACGCCCUGCGCGCGUUCGAAGGGUCGCAUUACUUCCACAACUACACGCGCCGGUCGCGGUACGCCCCCGAGGAUAAGAGGCGACGGAGCAGAGGUAGGAGAGGCGACGUCGAGGAGGAGGAGGAGGACGAGAUGGAAUCCUCGGACUAUCGCGGCGACGACGACGACGACGUCGACGACGUCGACGCGUCGGAAACUCCCUCUGUCGGCUCGCGCGCGUCCGGGUACUACUGGCUCCUCGGCAGGGACGAUCGAGACCUCGUCGGGAAGCGCCACGCGCGCGUCGUGUCGUCGUUCACCGCGGGCGACGUCGAGGUCGCCGCGGGCGACGGCGACGACGACGACCGCCCCGGAGAGCCUUUCGUUCGCGUCGUCGUCGCCGGCGACUCGUUCGUUCUGUAUCAAAUCCGCAAGAUGAUCGCGACCGCGGUGGGCGUCGCGCUCGGGUGGAUCCCGCGGGAGUUUAUUCCCGUCACGCUGGCGCGGCCCGCGCGCGCGGCGACGCCGAUCGCGCCCGCGUCGACGCUGUACCUGAGGGAGGCGGAGUUUUCAGAGUUUCGAAAAAACCGAGAGAAGAAACCGUCCCCCGCGGGCGGCUCGGAGAAAGAGAAAGAGAACGGGAACGGGAAGAAGAUGAGCGCGAGCGCGAGCGCGAACGCCGCGGCCGUCGUCAACGCGGACCUCCCGACGACGCGUCUCGCGCGCCUCGAGGCGUCAGACGCCGUCCGCGCGGAGGUGGACGCGUUCGCGAGGGACGUCCUGGAGCCGUCGCUGGCGCCGAGCCUUCGCGACGAGGAAUGGGACGUCUUCGCGGAGAACCUAGGGAAGCUACGCAUGUGCGCGCACGGCGAAGGGAAGGACGCCGCGGCGGCGAUGAUGGAAGCGCACGCGGCGUACGAGAUCGAGAGGAAGGCUGCGCGCGCGGCGAGAGAAGAAGCGGAAGCGGCGGACGCGACGAGGAGCCGAUAGGUUGGUCGGUUGGUUUCGUCGGUUGGUUUCAUUUUAUUCAUUUUAUUCCAGUCGUC